CGUAAUGAGAGAUGGUAAAGGUUCAUCGGCUGGUUGGUGUUCCUGAAUGAAACCGACCUCGACCCUUCUUUUUGCAGACAAAAAUAACUUGCCGGUAACAUGGAGGACGAGCAGACGGUGAAGUUUUAUCGCCUCUCGGAAGUGCAGGAGCGAAACACGUUCAAAAGUACCUGGAUCAUCAUCAACUAUAAAAUCUAUGACGUGACCAAGUUCCUGGAGGAGCACCCUGGAGGCGAGGAAGUGCUACGCGAGCAGGCGGGGGGCGAUGCCACGGAGAGCUUUGAGGACGUGGGACACUCCUCGGACGCCAGGCAGAUGACCGAGAGCUUCCUCGUCGGAGAGCUGCACCCGGACGACCGGCCCAAAAUUCAGAAACCCCCAGAAUCACAAGUAAUACCAGUCCCAGAAAGUUCAAGCUGGUGGACGAACUUGGUGAUCCCAGCACUGGUCGCUGCCAUUGUGACUUUGCUGUAUCGCUUGUACAUGUCAGAGGAUUGACCAGCUGACCUAUUUCAGCCUCUUCAAGCCAUUCCACUGCAAAGAUAGCGAUGUCUCCAAGGCCCGUGGAGCAAACGGCUCAUGUCCAGGUUCUCCUAUCUGCCAACGUGGGAAAUAAUUAUCUAUUCUUUUUAUUAUAAUUGUAUGGCCUUAACUGUACCAUUGCUUUUAAAUAUUAAAAUAAAAAAGAUUAACAUAUUACAAAUUGUUCAUUUUAGGCAGACUUUUCUAAUUUAUCAAUAUAGAUAUAUGAAAUAAGAUUUUGAGGUUGUGGAGCUUGCACUGAUACCUUUCUGAUGGUUAGCAUUAACAGAGCAGUUUAGGAUGUGAACUUGUAACCAAAGGCUACUGGUUAGAGAUCCAAGAUGAGCUGGAAAAGCCAGGAUUGCAUCAGUAAAAUAAAGUGUAGAAUUACAAGGACAUGUCAUUUGAUAUAAAUGCAUCUGCUGAAUAGUGAUAGUAGUAAUACCCAUUAAUAUUAUAAAUUAAUUUUUCUUCCUGAAUUAUGGCAUUAUUGCAUAGUAUUGGAAUCAUGUUUUAUCACUGAAUAACAUGAUGAAUAAAAUACAAAACUUGUACACCUGAAAGUGACUUUAGUUUUCUACAGUACACUAACCAAAACUGUAGGUUACCUUAGCUAAUAUCUAGCUGUUAUUAAAGAACACAUUAAAAAGGACUAUUAUUUUUCAUGUAACAUAAGUGCUUUGAUAUGUUUAAUGUUAAACACAACUAGUAAUGAUUACUCCCAUUCUAGAAACAGAUUCUGGUGUAAGAAUCACAAUUUCUGCAGUUAUGGUUUUACUGUAACGGUCAUUACGUCCACUGAGUUGAUUGUAUUUUUUAAUGAACUACAAUUUAAGUGCAUAAAAUUGUAUUGUCAACUAGUAUUCACCUGUGAUUAACUGUACGUAUUGUACAGUUUUAUACAAUAAAACGUGUAAAAUUGC